UACAUGAAGAAAAAAAGUUUGCCUGUUAUAAAAUCAUGGACUUGUACAAGUUAAGUGUACUCACGUGUACUCGGAUCAUGUGACUAGCCUGAAAGGGCGGGAGGGAGCGUCAACUACCUGCAAAAGAAUAGCAUGAAUACAUGUAUAAUAUAUACACUUGUUGGGUUAUACAGUAGUUGAGUUAUGGGGUGUCACAUCUCAAUAUGUAAUAAUAUGUAACCAUUUGGAUAAAUGAGAAUAAGUGUAAUGAGGCAAAUGGGAGGGAUGGAUAAAAUCUCUCAUGUGAGGGAGUGACAGAAAAGAAAAGAGGGAGGGAGAUGAGGAGGAUAGAGGGACAGCAGGAGCAAAGUCACUGCUUUUUUUUUCCUCCAGUGCUCCCUCACUCCUUCUCUCCCACUGACUCCAGGUUGAGAACAACAGGAUGCUGUUCCUCAGCUCCUUAUCCGCUCUCCUCCUGCUGCUUUUUCUCUACCCCGCUGAGUUAUCUGCGCAGGAGGUGCAGGUGCGGCUUGCAGGGAGUCGCAAAGUCAACGAAGGGCGUCUGGAGGUGUUGUACAACGGCGUAUGGGGCACGGUGUGUGACGACCAGGUGAAUCUCAACCUGGCUAACGUAGUGUGUAGACAGUUGGGCUUUCAACAGAGUUUCACCUGGGCGCCCAGUGCCAGGUUUGGUCAGGGGCAAGGUCAGAUCUGGUUGGAUAAUGUGAACUGCAGAGGCACUGAGCUCUCUAUUGCAGAAUGUGGCUCAAACGGUUGGGGAGUCCACGACUGCACCCACGUUGAGGACCUGGGGAUCAUUUGUAGCCCAGAAAGAAGGCCUGGUUUCUCCUCUGCUUCAGGAGGGGACGCUCGUUCCUCCUCCAGAAAUGAGCCGAGACAAUCAAGACAGAGACCCCCGCAGCAGCAGUCAGAGAACCCACCACCAGCCCCACCUCACAUUCCCUCGUCUUACGGCCGAGGUCACGAGAUCGCGCUCCAUCGCAACCCACCCACUUCCCGUCGCAACAGGAUCUCACCGCAGGAGAACGGUCACGAGAUACAGAUCUUGCGACGGUAUCGUGGCCCAACAGCACAGAUAUCGAGACCGGCGGCCGGUACAACCCAAAGACAGGAGCAGGACACGUCGAGGAGCGGAACGCCUGCAUCAAGACGCCAGGCUGAGCGAGAGACCAACAGGCAGUCUGAGAGGCAUCAACCGUACAGCGGGAAUCAUGUCGAACCAGAGCCUGUUUAUCCCGUGACUGAUUCCCACUCCAUCCAGAGUUCUGACAGCGUUCAGCUGACCGAGGCUCGCCUCAAAGCCGUGCUGUCCGGCAGCCGCGGCGGCUUGGUGAACGAAGGAGUGCUGGAAGUGAAGUACGCUGGGAAAUGGCGUCAUGUGUGCAGUCACGGCUGGGACCUCACCAGCAGCAAUGUCGUCUGCGGCAUGCUGGGAUUCACUUCUGCUGAGGCGUUUGAUCAAAACGCCUACAGGAAACUGUGGGACUCCAAAUUAGCUGAUCCAUCAUCCAGACUGAGGACACAGAUCACUAAGAAGACCUACUGGGUGGAGAAGGUGCAGUGUCAGGGCGGAGAGGUCUCCUUGGCUCAGUGCCCUGCCCAACUGUCCCUCCGCAGGAGAGACGGGCCAUGCAGGGGGGGCAUGCACGCCGUUGUACGCUGCGUCCCCGGACCCCAAUUUGCACGUAACGGCCGAGGACGUGCACCACCUUCUGUGUCGAAGAACGUGCGUCUCAAGGCGGGGCCUCGCGUUGGGGAGGGUCGCGUGGAGGUGCUGAAGGACGGCAAAUGGGGCACUGUUGCAGACCACCUGUGGGACAUCACAGAUGCCAACGUGGUUUGCAGAGAGCUGGGCUUUGGGACGGCAAUGGAGGCCUUGACCAGGGCUCAUCUAGGACAGGGUUCCGGUCCCAUCCACAUGAACAGUGUGCAGUGCACGGGCCACGAGAGGUCCCUUUUGGACUGUUCCUUCAAAGAGGUUCCACUGUACACCAUCAAGCACAGCCAGGAUGUGGGGGUCCGCUGCAACGUCCCUAACACGGGCACACAGUCCACAGUGAGACUGGCAGGAGGCAGAGACAGAGCAGAAGGCCGUGUGGAGGUGCUGAUGGACGUCGGAGGAACAAAGCGCUGGGGUUCAGUCUGCAGUGAGAACUGGGGAAUCAACGAGGCCAUGGUGGUGUGUCGACAGCUCGGCUUGGGUUUUGCCUCGAGAGCACACCAGGAGACUUGGUACUGGACGAGCUCCAGUGACGCCCGUGAUGUGGUUCUGAGUGGAAGUCACUGUGCGGGCUCCGAGACGUCCAUCCAGCAAUGUCGCAAAAACACACACGUCUACUGUCCAAGAGGUGGCGACGGCAGGGCCGCAGGAGUUACCUGUGUGGAGACGGCUCCUGACCUGGUCGUGGACGCUCAACUGGUCCAGGAGACAGCUUACCUGGAGGACAGGCCCUUGCAUUUGCUGUCAUGUGCCAAUGAGGAGAACUGUCUCUCCUCCUCCGCUGCCAGGAUGCAGUGGCCUUACGGACACAGACGCCUGUUGAGGUUUUCCUCCCGUAUCAUGAACUUGGGUCGUGCUGAUUUUCAACCCAAGGCCACCAGAGAGAACUGGGUUUGGCAUCAGUGUCACAGGCACUACCACAGCAUUGAGGUGUUCACUCACUAUGAUCUGCUGACCCUCAAUGGCACCAGAGUGGCUGAAGGUCACAAAGCCAGCUUCUGUCUGGAGGACACCUACUGCCCCGACGGUAUCCAGAAGCGGUAUUCCUGCUACAACAUGGGACAGCAGGGUAUCUCAAUUGGCUGCUGGGAUACAUACCGCCAUGACAUCGACUGCCAGUGGAUUGACAUUACAGAUGUGCGGCCGGGUGAAUAUGUCUUCCAGGUGGAGGUCAACCCAUCCUUGGAUAUGGCAGAGUCUGAUUUCAAGAACAACGUUGUCCGCUGUCGGUGCAAGUAUGAUGGAUCCCGGGUGUACAUGUUUGGAUGCCAUACAGGUGAUGCUUACAGUGCCGAGGCCGAGGACUUGUUUGACCACCAGCGUCAGAUCACCAACAACUUCCUGUGAGUGGAGGACCACGCAAUUUAAGGACAGAAGGACCGUUCAACUCCUCAGCACACCUCAACACCACAGGACAAGGCUAAACAGAGACGAGGGCGAGAGGGAAAGGAAGGAUUUCAUGGACAUUUUAACAUGAUUAAGGAGGGGAGCAAAAAAAAAGAAAGCAGGCAUUAGAUCGUAAAAUGUAGAGUAGUUAAUUUACAUUUCAUUAUCAUUUGAAAUUAAUUAGAUUUUUUUUUUUUUAAAGAUCAUUCCAAAAAACAUGAAUGCACAACAUGAACACAGGUAACAACUGUCUGUUCACUCUCCAAUUGCCAAUGUUUUUUUUUUUUUACUGUUACACUUGUGUGCUUUUUGGUUUUGAAUGACAAUCUACUUUUUUUUUUUAACUCCAUGGUGCUACUUUGCCUUAUUUGAAUAAAUAUUGUAAUGUAUUGCACAUGUAUUGUCAUGUACAGUUUUAUAUUACCUCUCUGGAAUAAUACUUGUUAGGUCUCUAAUUUAUGCAGAUUUUAUUGUACUUUUGAGUUGGCAUUGUCCCUGCGUGGUUGUGUUUUGUAUUGUUAAUUUUAUGAUGAGAGAUUAUUUGUUUGUUCUUCACCUGUUCAACAUUGGUAUUAUCAUCCAAUUGGAUUCUGGUUGUGCCACAUUAUUGCGCCUUAAAUAUUAUUACUUAAAAGGUAGAGAAAGAAUAAACAUCAGAAUGACACACUG